AAUGUCACGUCAUCUGUCACUCCCUUUCCAUCCCCAGAUCAGAUGAUAUAAAGAAGAUGUGAAUUUCACUUCCUUCACUUCUGCUCACAGACUGACUGGUGUGACAUUCAAGACUGAUCAUGAAAAAGAACUUCUUGUCUAAAAAUGAGCAGCUCUUCAAGGACGAGUUGCUGGUUUCCAACAACGGGAAGUGGCAGGCUAUCUUCCAGGGUGAUGGUAACUUUGUCGUCUAUGGCGACAGCAAGCCUGUGUGGGCUUCAGGCACCAAUGGAUCAGACCGUUACCGUGUGAUCAUGCAGGCUGACGGCAACCUGGUCAUGUACAACAAUAAUAACCAAGCCGUGUGGAGCACAAAUACAUACCUCAAGGAGGAGUGUGAGAUGUGCCGUCUUGUACUGACUGAUAGCGGCAAACUGGAGUUGAUCCAAACUGUACCUAAAAAAGUUUGGAGCUCAUGAUGAAAUUAGGCCCAAUGUCUUAACAUCACAAAGUUUUUAAAAUGAAAUGCUUUGCAAGUGAAUGCUUUGUUUGUGAAUUACAAUA